AUGGAUGCGCCGGGCCCGGUGUCCCGCAGGGCGGCGGCGGCGGCGGCCACCGUGCUCCUGCGCACCGCCCGGGUGCCCCGCGAGUGCUGGUUCCUGCCCACCGCGCUGCUCUGCGCCUACGGCUUCUUCGCCAGCCUGCGGCCGUCCGAGCCUUUCCUCACCCCGUACCUGCUGGGCAAGGACAAGAACCUGACGGAGAGGGAGGUCUUCAAUGAAAUUUAUCCAGUAUGGACUUACUCUUACCUGGUGCUGCUGUUCCCUGUGUUCCUUGCCACAGACUACCUCCGUUAUAAACCUGUUGUUCUGCUGCAAGGACUGAGCCUUAUUGUUACAUGGUUCAUGCUGCUCUAUGCCCAGGGACUUCUGGCUAUCCAGUUCUUGGAAUUCUUCUAUGGCAUUGGCACAGCCACUGAAAUUGCUUAUUACUCUUACAUAUACAGUGUAGUAGACUUGGGCAUGUAUCAGAAAGUUACAAGUUACUGUCGAAGUGCCACUUUAGUGGGCUUCACAGUGGGCUCUGUCCUAGGCCAAGUCCUUGUCUCGGUGGCGGGCUGGUCCCUGUUCAGCCUGAAUGUCGUCUCUCUCACUUGUGUUUCUGUGGCUUUUGCUGUUGCCUGGUUUCUGCCUAUGCCACAGAAGAGCCUGUUCUUUCACCACGUUCCCUCCUCCUGCCAAGGAGUGAAUGGCAUCAAGGUACAAAAUGGUGGCAUUGUUACCGACACCCCCGCUUCUAACCACCUCCCUGGAUGGGAGGACAUUGAGUCAAAAAUCCCUUUAAAUCUGGAGGAGCCUCCCAUAGAGGAACCGGAAGCAAGGCCAGACCGUCUCCUGGUGUUGAAGGUUCUAUGGAAUGAUUUCUUGAUGUGUUACUCCUCACACCCUCUGCUCUGUUGGUCUGUGUGGUGGGCCCUUUCCACCUGUGGCUACUUUCAAGUUGUGAACUACGCACAGGGCCUGUGGGAGCAGGUGAUGCCUUCUCGCCAUGCUGAUAUCUACAAUGGUGGUGUAGAAGCCGUUUCAACCUUACUAGGUGCUAUUGCUGUGUUUGCAGUUGGUUAUAUAAAAAUAUCCUGGUCAACUUGGGGAGAAAUGACAUUAUCUCUGUGUUCUCUCUUGAUUGCUGCUGCAGUGUAUACCAUGGACACUGUGCAUAACAUCUGGGUGUGCUACGCAUCCUAUGUUGUCUUCAGAAUCAUCUACAUGUUGCUCAUCACAAUAGCCACUUUUCAGAUUGCUGCAAAUCUCAGCAUGGAGCGCUAUGCCCUUGUGUUUGGUGUGAACACUUUCAUUGCCCUGGCAUUGCAGACUCUGCUCACUCUAAUUGUGGUGGAUGCGAGUGGCCUUGGCUUAGAAAUCACCACCCAGUUCCUGAUUUAUGCCAGUUAUUUUGCACUCAUCGCUGUGGUUUUCCUGGCUAGUGGUAUAGUCAGUGUUGUGAAAAAAUGCAGAAAGCAGGAAGAUCCAGAAUCGAGUUCUCAAGAAACUACUUCAUAACACACUGUUGAAGGGCUGCUUAUUGCAAGAACUCUGCACAAGAACUGCCUGGAUAUACUUAAUAUUUUAAAGUUUAGACCAAUAUUUAUGAACAUGCAAUUGCUGGCUUCAAAGCAACCACUCAGCUGACACCUUUAUCCCUGGAGUAACAUGAUGCUUUUGAGAGGAGCCAGAAGUGGAGUUUCUUUCAUGAAUUAUUUGUGAGAGACAAUCCAAGGAUGCCUUUUUUUCCUAAUUCAAGAGUAAACUUGAUUUUGGAAAUCAAGUAAUCCACAGAAGUCAAGCAGCACUUGGUGUUGUAUACUUGAUUAGCAAGGGAAGUAUAGUGCUUUAUAGGUCAUACAUGACUCUAAUCCAGUUAGCUAGACCUUUGGCCAGUGGGACCAGAGCUUUAGAGAGUCCACAGGAUGUUACAAAUCAUGAUAAAAAUGUGUUCUAUCAGCACUUGCCUCUACUCAAUUUCAUUCUGAUUUUAUGUUUCUCUUGUGCAUUUGUGUUUUAACAGAUGAAAGUUGUUCUAUCAAUGGCAAUAUUUGCUCUGUUUUAAUGUUCUGUACUAUAAGAAGUGUCAUUUCUAAUUUUAAAUAUUCAUUGUAUGAAUGUUCUUGGUUCCUGUCUUGAUCAUUAUCUAUUUGUGAAAACAUUCCUUUGAAGUAGAUUUUUGCAUUAUUCAUAUGCUUCCCAGAGAAGCUCAUUUAGUCAGAAAUGAAGGCAAGUUUUAAAGCCUCCUAAUAAUGUAAAUGAAGAGAUCUAAUCAGAAAAUGUUUGUUUGCUUGUCUUUAAUACUUUAUUAUGAUGUACUGUUAAUUCUGUAUGGGAAAAAUCUGUUUGGGCUGAAGAGAGUUAGCCCAUUUUGUAUUUUCAUUCCUUUUUAUUUUCAAAAGAAAAGGACUUUUUCUUUAAAAUAACCUCAUUCUCAUUGAUAGCUUUUAUGUUAUUUUAGUUUUCUUGCCCAAGAUAAAGAUGUCAGUAUGAGUUGGACUAUUCCAAAGCCUUCAUCAUAAACCUAGCCCCUUAUUUCAAUGGGGCAGGAACUAGGAUGAAUGUUUGGACCUUGAAUAAGCCUUUAUUUCUAAGGAUAGAUACCUGGAAUAUUUGCUUAAAUUAAAAUUUGCUAGUGAUCCCAAGAUGCUUGAAAAAACAAGUGUUCUGUCUGCAUUCAAUUCUGAAAUCAUUCUAUCAAGUUUGUGUGAGUCAUGAAAAAUAAAGCCAAUUUUGUUGCCUUAUUAUGAAAAGAAUUUAGGAAGGUGCUUUUAACUAGGGUGUUAACUUUUAAAGAAUGACACAACCGUGUUAAUAGUAGCAAGAUUGCAAAAUCAGGACUGGGAUAUGGCUCCAUGGUGGAGACUGUAUCCCACUUGUGCAAGGCCCUGGAUUUGGUCCCUAGCAAUGUGAACAAAACCAGAAGAGGUAAGCAGCCAUCCUGGAAGCAAAUUAAUAAGGGAAGGAAUAGAUCAUUUCCAUUACCUUCCUUUUUAAUCAAGGGACAGGAAAAAAAUAGUAAGCAAGACGAAGGGGAGUGAUAUCAUGAAGUAACAAACCUCCAGUCUUAUCGUUUGUUUUCAUUUUCUUGGUAUUUAUUUCCUUAACUCUAAUAGGCAAUUGUUUACUUGGAAACAAGUAGAAAGUAGUAUUUGAAGAAUUUUAUUUAAGAUUUAAAAAAAUGAACUGUUGUAUAAUCAAAGAGCUCACAUUACCAAAGCAUUGCUUCCCUGGAAUUUAAUUCCUAGUGUGUGACACCCGGCCUGAACUUUUAUCUGUUUCAUCUUGGCAUGUGGUCAUAUUUGUAGAAUGCUGAAUGCAAUGUGCUGAUUGUACUGUAUGCAAUUUUGCAGAAAAGUGAAAAUAAUUUGUUGUACUUUUUACUCAAUUCUGUAUAGAUUAUAAAAUUAUUUUUACUAAAUAAAUAUUUUACAAUACACUUCACUUUUAAA